AUCACGUGGGUCCCACUUUCUCUCCUUCGCCAAAUGAGAGAGAGAGAGAGAGCAGCUAAGAUAAGCGAAGCUGCAAGGAAAGAAACAACUUCUUCAAUGUCGGUGUGUUCACCCAAAAACAAACCAACGAAUCAAAGAAAGAAGAUGACGAAGAAGAUGAAUCCACGGUGGAGGAAAACUGACCCACCCACAAUCCCACCGCCUCUCUUUUCCCCUGAGAUUUUUUUUCCAAUCUAUCAGUUUGUCGGUUACUUCCCUGCUUCUCCCUAAAAACCUUUAUAAACCCUUACAAACCUCUCUUCCUUUCUUAAUCCCUCAUUAUUUUAUCAUACCCAUACUUCAAUUCUCUCUCUCUCUCACACACGCAGUAAACCGUAAAGUUUCACUUCUUUUAUAAAAAAUGAGCCCAAAAAAAGAUGAUUUUUUUUCCAAACCAACUCCAAUUUCAGUACCACCAGGGCCUCUCUACUGCGUCGACACUGACACCAUGGGUUCUCCUCCUACUCCUCCACUCCCUAUCCCACUAGACAUCUUGCAAGGGAAUCAAGUCCCUCCCUUUUUGUCCAAGACCUUUGAUUUGGUUGAUGACCCGACUCUUGACCCGGUCAUCUCUUGGGGACUCACCGGUGCCAGUUUCGUCGUUUGGGAUCCUCUCGAGUUCGCCAGAACCAUUCUCCCUAGGAACUUCAAACAUAACAAUUUCUCCAGCUUCGUCAGACAGCUUAACACUUAUGGAUUUCGAAAGAUUGAUACUGACAAAUGGGAAUUCGCUAACGAGGCUUUCCUUAGAGGCAAGAAGCAUCUUCUCAAGAACAUUCAACGUCGUCGAGGAUUUCGAAAGAUUGAUACUGACAAAUGGGAAUUCGCUAACGAGGCUUUCCUUAGAGGCAAGAAGCAUCUUCUCAAGAACAUUCAACGUCGUCGAUCACCACAAUCUAACCAAACUUGCACUAGUAGUAGCUACAGCCAAAGCCAAGGGUCACCUACUGAGGUUGGAGGAGAGAUCGAGAAGCUGAGGAAAGAGCGGCGUGCAUUGAUGGAGGAAAUGGUUGAGCUUCAGCAGCAAAGCAGAGGCACAGCUCGCCACGUGGACUCUGUGAACCAGAGGCUGAAAGCUGCAGAGCAACGUCAGAAGCAGUUGCUCUCUUUCUUGGCCAACUUGUUUCAGAACCCGGGUUUCUUGGAACGCCUCAAGAACCUCAAAAGAAGAGAAAAAGGAACACUCGGAUUGGAAAAGGCGACAAGGAAGUUCAUCAAGCAGCCUCAGGAUUCUCCAACAGCAGGGGAGAUGGUGAAGUGUGAAGCUGAUGAUUGGGAGAGAUUGCUAAUGUAUGACGAAGAGGCUCAGAACACUCUACUCUCUGACCAACAAGGGAUGACUUCAAGCGUAGGAGGAGCUGAUCCCAAAGGCAAGAACUUGAUGAAUCCAUCAGAAGAAGAGAUGACAGAACCAGAUUACUUAAUGACCUUCCCAUCCCCUGACGGACUUGUCAAACAAGAAGAGACAACAUGGACUAUAGGUUUUGAUACUACAAUACCAGCUUUCAGCAACACCGAUGUAUGGGGAAACACAAUGGACUAUAAUGAUGUCUCAGAGUUUGGUUCUGUUGCAGAAACAACAAGUGGUGGUGGUUUGCCUGAUGUCUACUGGGAACAAUUUGCUGCAGGAAUCACAGAGACUGGAUUCAACUGGCCAACUGGUGAUGAUGAUAAUACGCCAAUGGAUGAUCCUUAA